AUGUUCUUCUCAUUAGCUAUCAUGUUCAAACUCCGACCAUGUCCAAUCGACAACGGGAACAUCUCCAACUCUCGAAUGAGUCCAAUUCGUCAAGCAACACAAGCCAAGUCCGUUCCCCGUUGCCGACCCGGGUCAGUAAUGCGUGUGAAAGAUGCCGGCGCCAUAAAACUCGGUGCGAUCCUUUCCGACCUUGCUCCUUAUGUGCACGGGCUAAAGUGCACGAAAGCGGCUUCGAAAAGCCGCCAGCGGCAGACCAGGACAUUAGCAGCAACUAUUGAUAAUGAUCCACAAUAUACUGAUGGCAACUGCCCAUCUACGUCCAGAACUGAGAGAAAUGACACACAGCUAUCUGAGGAGACGCAUCAGGCGCAGUUCCUGAUGGAGUAUGGCGAAGCCGAAUCUACGAUGGGUAUCGCCCAAAAAAUCUACGAGCUGGACAAGCAGGUCAUCGAUGAACAAUCCACCUCCGCCAUUCCAGGAGCCCGGACUAGCACGGGGGUUGCUGACCGGCGCGCCGGAGGGCAGCGACGUCCUAUCUCUUCGAUCUUAGGUCAACGCCUUCCUCCCACAGAUGUCACCUACUCUUCAAUCGAGGAAUACUUCAAUACAGUUCACUGGUUCUCUCUCGUUAUCUACGAGCCAACCUUUCGCACAAGACUGCACUCUAUUACUGAUGGGUUCGCUCAUCCUUCUCAGAAGUCAUUCUUACUUCUAUUGGCAGUCAUGCUGGGGAUGAGCGCAUGGUAUCGAUCACAAAGAACCGUCACAGAUGCAGCCGACAGUAGUAGGUGGCGGAAAUUGAGUGCCGAUCUCAUGAGUCUUGUCGAAUUGCAUGUCGUGGAGUUGAUGGACGAGUCUUCAGUGACGGCAGCUCAAAUUCUAAUUCUAUUCGGGUCGCACCAUGUUUAUCAUGGUCGCCCAAACUUGUCGUUCUCUCUGCUCGGUGCAACCAUCAAGAUGUCCCAGGCUGCGGGGCUACAUCGAGAAUCUCCUACAGGAAAGCUUGAGGAGAUUGAAGAGCGGAAGCGAGUAUGGUGGACAAUAUACACGUGGGACCGAUUCGCGUCCAUCACAUACGGUCGGCCAUUGGGAAUUAAUGAUAAGGACUGCAAUCUCAGCAUGCCGGCGGAUAAUUUGGAGAACCCAUAUUUUACUGCACCCGGCUCGGAGCAAGGAUACGCCAUCUGCUAUUCUCCUUAUCAAAGAGAAUUAAACACCCUCUAUCUAAUGGCAUCUCCGGCACUGGAGUUCAUUUUCGGCUCGCGCACUUCAGGUUCCUCUAAGGCAUUGACCGGGGAGGUUUACAUUGAACUAGUGAAAGAAGCGACCCAGAAUCUCCAGAAGUGGCAGAAUAAUCUGCCCGACUACUUGACUAUGGACUUUGACCGAGAUGUCGAACUUGAUAGUGGGCCGAGUGCAAGAGCGCAUGCUCUGCAAUCCCUGUCGUUGCAAUUGACCUACGACAAUGUUCUCAUUGUUCUCCACAGGCCGUUGCUGGCAAGGCAAGUCAGGCAUCUGUCAAUAAGUCAUCCCACUUCUGGGGCAAGGCUUGGAACGGAAUCUCCCAUUUCACACCCUGAAGCAGGCUCGCCGGCUCAGAAGCUGUCACCGUUCGAAGCCAUGUCCCCGAAUGAGCCGGUUAAAAGUUCAAUGCAUUGGUGGAAUGCUGCUCUCAGGACAUCGCGCGUCACAGAAGUGCCGGUACUUGCUCAACUUGCAACAGAUAGCCAUCUUGUCGCCUUUCUUGCCAUCAAUAUAUUCCAUGCUGCAAUCGUACUGGCAGUCAUGGCCCUAUCAGACCCAUUAUCAGAUUCAACCCAAGUGGCGAAGCGUACAAUCACCCGGAUCUUACGUCUACAGAGCCUUUUGGGUGAACGGUCAGCUUUAUCAAGACAAAGUACGACCGUUUUGAAAAAUGUGGUCACUCUGAUUCUUCGCCGUGAAUCGGAGGCCAUCCUGGCUCCAGUCACAAGAAACAGUCAACAGGAAGGGCACACAUUAUCUACGGGAUCUGCGUCCAUCUCCGUGGAAGACACCCUACGACUGCCCCUGGAUGCCCCAAUAACUCAGACCGACAGUUCAUUACGGCGGCCGACAUGGCCAGACUAUGGCAGGAUGCAUCGUUUGAAUGAGAGUCUAGCAUCUGUUCAAAACGGUGAGCGCAACGCCAUCUUUCUAUCCCUAUGGGAUGGUAGCCUCCAGGACACACACGGCGCAAGAGACAGUCAAGAACAGCUGCCUGAUACUCACGAGCACGCCCCAGCUGAAAACUCGUGGCAUGGGUCGUUCGAGAAUAACUGGAAUGACACUAGCUUUCCCUUGGAAGUUCCAGAUAUCGCCUCAGAUGCCUUUGGUGACAAUGGACUGUACUGGCUAUGGGACAUGUCAUGGGCCGGAGCGGAACCAUGA